GGUGUGCUUUCUUCUCUAUCCUUCAGCAUUCUCAAUUCGACGUAAUUUUUUCUUGCUUUUACUGGAACUACUUAAUUAUAUGGAAUAAAUGGAAACUAAUUCGUAUGAAAUGCAUUCCGAAACAACAUGGGAAUUGUAUGAAAUGUGUGUUGCAUUCUUGCAGGCACCUACGUACCAUCUUGCUCUAGAAGCAGUAUUAGUUGUCUGGGUAAUAUGGUUACUUGUUCACAAAAGCUAUAAACCUCAGAGAAUGGAAUUGACUGAACGCGAAAAAGAGCAAUUGAUUGCUGAAUGGACUCCAGAACCUUUAGUGCCUCCAUCCGAUGAAAAUUUAAAUUUUAAAACAAGAACAAUAAGUGGCAAAGUUGGGAAAAUGGUAAUCGUGGACGGUAAGAAAUGUUUGAAUGCUGCAACUCAUAACUAUUUAGGUUUGGUAGAGCACCCUAAACUAGAGGAAGCCGCCUUACAGUGUUUAAGAAAAUACGGUGUGGGUUCUUGCGGACCUCGGGGCUUCUAUGGAACUGUUGACAUUCAUUUGGAACUUGAGGAAAAAUUAGCUAAAUUUAUGAGACAACAAGAAGCGGUUCUCUAUUCAUAUGGAUUCUGUACUAUAUCAAGUGCCAUUCCAGCCUAUUCAAAACAUGGGGACAUCAUAUUCUGUGAUGAAGCUGUAAACUUUGCCAUACAAAAAGGACUGGUUGCAUCUAGAAGUCAGAUAUUUUUCUUUAAACAUAAUGAUAUGGAUGAUCUUGAAAGACUUCUCUUAAAUCAAGAAAAACUGGAUAAAAUUAAUCCAAAGAAAGCUCUGGUGACUAGAAGAUUUUUAGUUGCGGAAGGAUUGUAUCUGAAUAAAGGGGACAUUUGUCCAUUACCUGAAUUGUUGGAGUUAAAAAAGAGAUUCAAAGUUCGUCUUUUCAUUGAUGAAGCAUGCUCAUUUGGAGUACUGGGAGAAACAGGACGAGGAGUCACUGAACAUUUCAAUGUUCCCAUAGAUGAUGUAGACCUUAUUACUGCAACUCUUGAAGCUGCCAUACCUGGUUAUGGAGGAUUUUGUGUGGGAACAUCUUUUAUUGUCGAUCAUCAAGUAAGGAAUUUAGUUUUUCAGCUGACGUACCCAUUUGAGGCAUGAGCCACGAAGGACUAAUAUUAUGCAAUGUUGUUGAGUACAUACUGUCUCAUGUGUGUUCUUGACUAUAAGCUUAUUAACAAUAUACUUUCUUGUAUUCUAUGAUGUGCGGGGAUGCCAUGUAUAACUCAGGAGAUAAGUUCCUUGAAACUUCAAACGUGUGUUCUGUUUAAAAUGUGGGAAGAACAAUCAUUAUUUUGUUUGUCAUGCCAGAUGACAUGCAACUUACAAAACCGUUUUAUAGAUAAAGCCUUAUUAAAUAACAUAAAUUGUUUGAAACAUUAUUCCUAGUAAUCUAUUAGAUUAAAUUUUGCUGAACAUCAUAAACAUUUAUUUAAUGCAGCAAAGGAAGCAACCAUUAUUAACAAUUUAAAAUAUUUUUUGAUAAGUUUAAUGCAGGCAGAGUUUAAAUCAUGCAUAAACGCAUUAAAUCAUGAUAUUUUCCCUGCCAGUAAGCAAAUGUAGUUGUUUGGAAUGUAUACUAAUCAAUAAACAUGAUCUUGUGCUCAGGCACUUUGGUAGUGCAGUCUGUAAAGGUGUUGCUCAAUUUGUUUGUGGAAGGCUGUGAGUUUGUUCCUGGCAGCUGACUAAAUAACCAGUGUGUAUGCACAGCAAACUGCACAAUAAAUUUGUUGUGGUUGUGAUGUAGAGGUUUGGAAAGGACUACCUGUUCAGGCACUAUCCACGUUGUCUGACCGGGGUCAGAUGUGGAAUUCCUGCCAUGGUUGUUAAAUGAUAGAGCCUUGAAUAAUGGGGGUGGGUGCUUACCCAUGAUAAUUUGGUAUAUGAUUUGUGCUUAAAGAUCACAUUUUUGGCGUGUUUACUGUUCAUGGAAACAAUGUUGUUUUAACAGGAACAGAGAAUAUUCAAAUUGGCCUGUUAUUAUUAUUUUUUUUUUAAGAAUCUUAUUUUCUAGUCACUGAAGAAUUUUGGAAGAAGUAUACAAUUAUUCAAUGGGGACAGAAUUAAUUCAUAGCUUCAGUACAACUGGAUUAGUAGCUGACAAGAUAAGAGCUGAUAGGUUCUCCAUUUUAGAAAAUGAAAAUUAAAACAAAGUCUCUAUGUUUAUGACAAAAAA